CUUCUGCAACAGCACGGAGCAACUGCCUGUUUGACUUGUGAAACUGUGUUAUUAUUCCAUGUGGAUUUAGUCACGACUUGCAGCAGCCUAUCGGAAUUUCGGCUUCUGUCUUUAACUCUGCGAAGGCAGCAUCUCAGUUACUGCUCUGUUGGCUGACAGACUCGCCAUUCAUCAACCAGCCCGCCCAGCAGCAUUGAGAGCGGCAUGGCAACGGCGAGGAGACGAGGGGAGAAGGUGUGGUGACAGUUUAACCGGACCAGAGAGCCGCAGCAGCAGCUACAGCAGCAGUGUUUCCACUCCUCGCGGACGGGAGAAACGCAGCACCUCGGUCAGUCCACGCUCACACGCUGAUAAAGCGAUGCACCACCGCUGCCUGUCUGCACAGUCGCUGCCACUGACCAGGUGCUGGAGCAAAGACCAGGGACGCCGUUAACGUCUCAGAACAUAAACUUGUAUGUAUGUUCUGUGUGCACCUCUCUGUGGUCCCGUUCGCAGACGAUCGAGAAGAUGCUGAGCCGACUGAUGAGCAGCAGCAUCAGGAGUCUGGACCGGGAAUGCAAUUGCACCGUGCGGCUGCUGGACGAUUCGGAGUACACCUGCACGAUCCAGCGGGAUGCCAAAGGACAGUACCUGUUUGAUCUCAUCUGCCACCAUCUUAACCUGCUGGAGAAAGACUACUUUGGCAUUAGAUAUGUUGACCCAGACAAGCAGAGACACUGGUUGGAGUUUACAAAGUCAAUCGCCAAACAAAUGAAAUCCCAGCCUCCAUUCACCAUGUGUUUGCGUGUCAAGUUUUACCCACCUGACCCCGCUGCCCUGAAAGAGGAAAUCACCAGAUAUCUCGUCUUCCUGCAGGUUAAGAGGGAUCUCUACCAUGGUCGCCUCCUGUGCAAGACAUCAGAUGCAGCUCUGCUGGCUGCCUACAUAUUACAAGCUGAAAUUGGUGACUAUGACCCUGGGAAACACCCAGAGGGCUACAGCUCCAAGUUUCAGUUCUUCCCCAAACACUCAGAGAAGCUGGAGCGGCGAAUUGCUGACAUCCACAAGACUGAGCUGAUUGGUCAGACUCCUGAAACAUCAGAGCUCAACUUCCUCCAGAAGGCUCAGAUGUUGGAGACGUAUGGAGUGGACCCACAUCCAUGCAAGGAUGUGUCUGGGAACCCAGCUUUUCUGGCUUUCACCCCUUUUGGAUUCACUGUGCUGCAAGGAAAUAGAAGGGUUCACUUACUCAAAUGGGAGGAGGUGACCAAACUGAAGUUUGAAGCAAAGACAUUCCAUAUAUAUGCAAAUCAGAAAGAGGAUAAGAAGAUCAUACUGACUUACUUUGCACCUACACCAGAGGCCUGCAAGCAUCUUUGGAAGUGUGGAGUUGAGAAUCAGGCUUUCUAUAAGCUGGAGAAGUCGAGUCAAGUCCGAACUGUGUCCAGUAGUAAUCUCUUCUUCAAGGGUAGUCGCUUUAGAUACAGUGGAAAGGUUGCAAAAGAAGUAAUGGAACAAAGUGCCAAAAUUAAGAGGGACCCCCCGGAGAUCCACAGGGCUGGUAUGGUGCCGAGUAGGAGUUGUCCAUCCAUCACCCACGGCCCUCGUCUGACAAGUGUACCAAGGACCCGACGGAGAGCUGUGCACAUUUCCAUUAUGGAAGGUUUGGAGUCCCUUCGAGACAGUGCUCACUCCACACCAGUGCGCUCAGUUUCGCAUGGCGACUCCUUCAUGCGUUCCCGGAGCCAGAUGAUGGAUGGCAGUGAGGCAAGCACGUCAGCAGUCAUCUCGGAUGAGGCCUACAGCCCCUCCGACAGUGUGCUGCCUACACCAGUGGCAGAACAUGGAAUGGAGAUGCCUUUGGCUCGUCACCUCAAUGGCGCCCCCUGCAGCAUUGAUGAGGAGGAGUUGGAGGCAGGGACAUCAAAAGAGGGGCAGGCCACAGAAUUUGGGCAUGGCAGGAGAGAACAACGUAUGGUCAAGAGCAAGCCCACAACAUCUAGCGAUGUGGAAGAGCUCAACAAGUUUAUCUUGAGCGUGCUGCGUCUGUUCCUGGUUACCAUUGGACUUCUGUUUGCCCUGCUGCUGCUUCUCAUCAUGCUGACAGAGUCAGACCUGGACAUUGCCUUCCUGAGAGACAUCCGUAAGACACCUGAAUUCCAGCAGUUCCACUUUGAAUACUUCUGCCCUCUGCGGCGCUGGUUCGCCUGUAAGUUACGAUGGAUGGGAGGUUUCCUUGUGAGCGAGACAAAGUGAAAAGAGACCAAAUGACUCAACACAGGCCUCCACUGAUGGAGCUUGGACACAGAUAACAGACAGGUCGGAAGAGAAGGCAAUAGGAGGGAAAUGAUGGCCCUGUUCCUGAUAUCAGCUAAGCUUCUCCCAGGAAUAAUCCUGUCACAAGCCACGUACUGUCCCCCGAAGAGCCUUGUUUAUUACGUUUGACCAUUAUUAUAAGGAAAGGAAAUUUUACUUUAGAAAUUCAGGUCAUCAAGGUAUUUUAUUUUUCCACAGAAUCACAGGAACUGGGUUUAAUUUAAACACUGUAUCAAGUCUGACAGACUUCACUUAUUCAACCACAGAUAAUAGUUGCCUUUAUUUUUUUAUUAAUUUAUAUGUUCUAUCAUCACUGUAAUACGGAAUGACCUGAGGUGAUGGGGUGCAACUGAGAGUUUGAGAACUUUUGCAGAAAACAAGAUGGGGUCCAGACUAGCUCAUCAGUUUUUAAGUCAAAUCAGCAACAUUCAUGAUGAUUAAAUGUUAUUAUGGCUGCUGUUUUCAGAUGGAGGGCUCAGAGAAAGUGUAAAAUGGAACCAUAAGCAGUACUGAAUGUAGAUGAGCCCUGAGUCAAAUAUGUUUGCAAAUAUUAUAGUUUUAUACGAUUCUUAGGCCGAUACAAAUAGACUUUACACAUUUCUCCAGAUGUACUUUACACUCCCACAUCUGGAACAUUCAAAUUAGAACAACUGCUAAAGACUAGUUGUAGUAGCUUUGUGACACAGAUGUGACAUAGGUGUGAUGUGGUGCUGCCCUGACAGACUUUAUUACUGGUCAAACAUCUGCUGAGUGGGCCCAGGGAGUUUUUAUCCAGACACAGGGGGAUUAAUAAAGUUUCAUCACCUAAUGACAAUAAAUUAAGUCUCUGUAAGGAUAUAAGUAAGUAAUGGAGU